AUAGCCGGUCACAUAUACGACGCACACAUAUGGAGUGAGCUAUCUAGAGAUUACGAAGAGGGAGCGAGGGGAAAGUGGGGAUGGGAAGUGCUACUAUGGCGUGGAGGACUGUCUUCGUGGCAGGGAAUUAGCUAUCUAUUUAGAUAUCUAAUCUCUGCAGUCGUGCUUUCGAAUAGGGUGGGGAUAAAAGAGCAGGUCGUAUAACGAGGUUUUCUACCCCCCCCCCCCUAUUGUACUCAGUGGUAACGCCUGAAGUAUCUUUGUUUUUGGCGGUUAGUUCAGAAAGGAAGAAUACAGAGACGGGGGGGAAGCGGGCGAGUCUGGUGUGGACUGGGAGCCAGGUUAGUGCUGUACAGGUUCCCGGUUACGUGGCUCGGCGGCGGAAGGGUCGUAUUCUUGACUUAAACUUGUUGGUUCGGACGGGUACUUUUAAACAUAAACGGAUUGCUGUUGCUCAGACAACUUAAUGGGCGGAGCAAAUCAGAAGCAAAAAUCGGGUUCUAAGAAAAAUUGCACAAAACCCGCAAUCCACUUUCCCUUAUUUAUGAUUGCUGGUUUUUUUUGUGCUAUAUUUUUUCUUCAGAGUGUGCGUUUAGUCUAUUAAUCACGCUUUUAUCCUGUGCUUCCUCUAAGACGUUCAGUGGGGAACACUUUCUCCACUUUAUACUAGCGACAACCCUACAUAUUGGGUUAGGCUCAGGGGCAGACUAGCCAUUUAAUUUACAGGUGUGUUUCCCAGCGGGCCAUUGCUGUACAGGGCUAUUCGUGGUCAGGGACAGAAUAAAGUCCCAACGACUGCCAACGCCUCAAAGGCUUUGACACUUCAUUGGCAGUAGUAACAGUGAAUUUGGGGUCUGAGAAAUGAAUAUCAACAGUCUUCAGGUUUAUGAAGAUGAAAUCCAGUCUUUGGAAAACGAAAUUAAGAUGUUAACAGAAGAGUAUGAACGUAAUCAACAUGGGUCUUUCGCUUAUUCUAAGGAGAAGAUAAAGAAAGCCAUGAAAGCAAUUCAAAGAAAAUUCCAAGAAGAACGCAAGCAAGAUUACUGGUCUCAAGACCUGAAAACUCAGCUUGUUUUACUAGAAUCAGAUUUCUCAUUCCUGAUGAAUUUUACAGGCAUCUGGUUCAAAACUUAUUCUAGGAGACUGCUGGAGAAAAGUGAAAUUAAAACUGCAUACAAAUAUAGGCUAUCAGGAAAAUGCCAGUCAGUGCCCUUUCAGUUGGAAUUCAAGCUCACGGAGGAAAUUCAGAGUAACAAAAAUGGUUAUGCUGUGGUUUCUGAUCUUAACAUUAUAAUAGAAUCUGAGGAGUCUUCUGAUUUAAGCACGCUUGUAUCCAGGGUUGAAGAAAGUGGAAAUCUUUUGCUGUUUUUCAAAAGCCUCUCCUGUUUUUCUGAGUGGUGUGAAUAUCGGAAAUGUACUCUAGCCCAUUUCAAGAACAAGUAUCCUAACAUUGUAGCACUACCUGAAGGGUUAUCUGGAGAUUGCAUGAUUUUGAAGAACUCUGAACUUCCGGGAUUUGAGCUAAUGAUUGUUUGGAAGAUACAAAUAGACAAAGAUGGAAAAGCUGUACCUGUUCUGGAUUUCCUAAGUAAGAUCCCAAUGCCAGUUCUGGAAAACAAGACAUUUGCAUCAGAUAUGCCGUACUGGUUCAGAAGCUUGUUACAUGUAUUUGGAAUAGAAGCUUCCAUUGAAGCAGUGAUCAAGUUGCUUUGCAGCGGUAAAUGAAUACUGGGAUAAUGACAAAUUAUGCAUCUAUAGUUUUAUUGAAUAUAAACAUUAAGUUAUUUUCCAUUUAGAAACCAUACCCAUAAAACAUGCUAUCUGUACAAUUAUGGCACAUUUAUAUAUAAAUUGUCAUGACAAAUAAAUACAGCCUUUUAAAUACAAAAUGCCAAAUAAAAUAGAUAGAAGUCGAGUGAGUUUCAGUCAAAAAUUUAUCUCUGAAUCAAUGUACCAAAGUGGUUUUCUUCCUGUCCAUAGUAUUUCCUGGAACCUCUUAAAAUCUACCUGAUAAAUUCAAGUCUAUAAAAGUGGCAGUUUCAGUUCACAGCUGUGUAUGUAACAGUGAUUUUUUGAAAGACAGUGAUACUGCAAAUCACAAGUUUCUAAUGAAAUCAAGGUUAAAAUAAUAA